CUCCGCCUUCAACGGUAUAUUGCUGCCAUGAACGUUUAGUUGGAAAAAUGGGGAAAAUGCAGAGAAAAGCGAAAGAGGAGAUGUGAGAAAAUCCUUUUUCCACACCAUUCAAAGUCAAUUUGUCAAACAAAUUUAUCGUCAUUAAUAAAUUGUCUGUCUCAGUGAAUAGUUCGGAUCCGGGUUCUUAAACUUUUUGGAUGAUAACACAGAAUCACAGAAACAAGGAUUAAGGAUAAACAGUUUUAUGUGAUUUUUUUAAGGACUGAGAAAAAGGUGUUUUGUGCAAUUUAUUUCAGUGAGAAAAUAAAAUUUUCUAAAAACGAAAAUUAAAAUGCAAGACAGUUCUAAAUCCUUCCUAAUUAGGGAUCUCUUGGGGGAUUUAAUUGGAUCUCAUCGAAAUCACUUGAUGAAUCAACAAGAGAAUCCCAAUGAAGAAUCCCAACAGUCUGAAUGCACAGAUGAGGACAAUAUGGAGAUAGAUAUUGAAGAUCGCUCCUCACCUGAAUCCUCCAUCACUACCAACUUCCCACAAGCCUCAAUUGUUUCAACGAGCUCAGAUUUGGGCGGCAUAUUGCAUGGGAAAGUUGGGCGGAAACCCCGAAGGAGACGAACGGCUUUUACACACGCUCAGCUGGCAUUCCUUGAGCGGAAAUUCCGAUGUCAGAAAUACCUAUCUGUAGCCGACAGGAGCGAUGUUGCGGAUUCCCUCAAUUUGUCGGAGACUCAAGUGAAGACGUGGUAUCAGAAUCGAAGGACCAAAUGGAAGAGGCAGAAUCAACUGAGGCUGGAGCAAUUGCGACAUCAGGCAUCAAUGGAAAAGGAUCUCAUUGGCAGCGAUGGAUCAAUUGCUCAACCAUCGAUCUCUUGCUGUUCUACCACAUCUCUCCCAUCCUUCUCCCAGUCUCCGUGCAAUUUCCUCACAAGUGCAGCCGCUGCGGCAAUUUUUCGGAAUGUAGGCUACGUCCCAGGAUGUCCUCUGUAGAAUCAUCCGGAUGACUCACGCGGAUUCAGCGUAAGAUAAAAUCUCUCUCAAAAAUGUACGAGCUAAAUAUUAUAUUUAGAAUGCGAGGAACCAAGUAAAAGCAAAUCCCUUUUUAUCGCAAACAAGGCGCUAUAAAUUGAGAAGAUUAUCACCGUUAUGACUAAAUUAGUUAAAGAAAAUACAUCUUAUUCAUCA